GCAGGACUGAGCGCCGAGGAGCUGCGGAGCCUGGAGCUGGAGCAGAACCGUCACGGGGACCUGCUGCUGCUGCCCGAGCUCAGGGACUCGUAUGAGAACCUCACGGCUAAAGUGUUGGCGACCUACGUGUGGCUGGACCAGCACCUGCAGUUCCAGUUCGCCCUCAAAGCUGACGAUGACACUUUCGUCCGCUUGGAUGUGCUGGUGGAGGAGCUGAGAGCCAAGGAGCCGCGUCGCCUUUACUGGGGUUUUUUCUCGGGUCGGGGCAGAGUGAAAUCGGGUGGGAAGUGGAAGGAAAGUGCUUGGGUGUUGUGUGACUAUUACCUGCCCUAUGCCCUGGGCGGGGGGUAUGUGAUUUCUGCCGACUUGGUGCACUACCUGAGGCUCAGCAGGGACUACCUGAACCUGUGGCAGAGCGAGGAUGUGUCCCUGGGGGUGUGGUUAGCUCCCAUCGAUGUCAAGAGGGUGCACGACCCUCGUUUCGACACGGAGUACAAGUCCCGAGGCUGCAACAACAAGUACAUAGUGACUCACAAGCAAAGCAUCGAGGACAUGCUGGAGAAGCACCAGACCUUGGCCAAGGAAGGGAAGCUCUGUAAGGAGGAGGUGAAGCUCAGGCUUUCCUACAUGUAUGACUGGGGAGUGCCUCCCUCCCAGUGCUGCCAGAGGAAGGAUGGAAUCCCCUGA